AUGCGUUUCACCCGCCUCGCCGCCAGCGUUGUGCUGCUGGGCACCGCCGUCGCCCAAGUCCACACAGAUUGUCAGCCUCUGAACCGCACCGACUGCCCUGCCGACCCGGCUCUGGGUACUGCUCACUUGUUCAACUUCAACACGACCCCGUCUUAUGAUCUCUGGGAAACCACUGUCGGAAGCGUCGACUACCAUGCCGAUACUGGUGCCGGCUUCUCCGUCAAGAAGCAGGGCGACUCGCCCACGAUUCGAUCCAAGUUUUACAUCUUUUGGGGUCGCUACGAAAUCAGCCUCAAGGUUGCCCCUGGCACCGGAAUUGUCAGCUCUCUCAUGCUGCUGAGCGACGACUUGGACGAAAUCGACAUUGAAUUCCUGGGCGCCAAUGCCACCCAAGUCACCACCAACAUCUUUGCAAAGGGUGAUGAGAAAGACCAUUCUUAUGGAAAAGAGCACGUCAUGGAGGGCGGCAACCAAGACGGUUACCACACCUACAUCGUCGACUGGACCAAGGACAGACUUGAGUGGUACAUCGAUGGCAACGUGAUCCGCACCCUUACCUACAACGAUGCCAAAAAUGGUGACAAGUACCCGCAGACUCCCAUGCGCAUGCAUAUUGGCAUCUGGGCUGGUGGCGACCCUUCACUGCCUCCAGGCACCAUUAAAUGGGCUGGCGGCGAGACUGAUUAUUCCAAGGGACCUUAUACCAUGUUUGUCAAGAGUCUCAAGAUAGAGGACUACACCAAGGGCGCCAAGGAAUAUUCCUACGGAGACAAGACUGGCAGCUACCAAAGCAUUCAGAUCAAGGAAGGUAACUCGACUGCUUACAAUAACAUUAAUAAGCCGCCUGCCUCGAGCUCAGCGGAUGGCUGGAAGAAUCUGUCGCCCAACGCCAAGAUUGGCAUCUAUUCAGGGGCCGGGGCUGUCGCCGCUCUUGCAAUCGGUACUCUCCUUUACUAUUACAUUCGACAGCGCAGAUUGGGCGCUGCCGAGGCCAGACUCGCCGAUGAAAAGACGGAGGCGGAGCGCCUGGAACUGGCACAGUUCCGUAAGGACGGUGUCGACCCCGACGGCUUCAGAGAGCACGGACAUGAAUACGGAGAAAAGAGCGGCAAUCUGACGCCUCUCGGCACAGCCGGCAACCCGUUUAACCACCCCGACGACUCGCGGCCGGGCUCCCGCCACCCCACGGUUCCUGAUGUGGCUUUUGCUGGCGCCGCUGGCGCGGCAGCUGGCGGGGCCGUGGCGGUCGGCCAUGCUCCCAGUCACGUUGCACCUGCAACACCUACAUCGCCUCAUGGCUUCGACUUUGGUGUCCCUCCUUCACCGGCCACCGCAGGUCUUGGAAACGAUGCUCAUCGUCAAGUGUCUCGCACACAGAGCGACAUGAUGCCUCCCCGCCAGCCACAAUCUCCUGUCGGCCAGACGCGCUCCGCCACGGCCGAUCCUUACCGCCUGGGCUCACCGGCCCCUCAGCAAGGAUACGGCUUGCAUAGGAUGCAAAGCCCAAUGGGACAACCGGGGCAGUACAGCACAACCCCUGGUCCCAUGCAGCAACAAUACAGCCAGCAUAGGACGCAAAGUCCUGGCCCCGGCUAUAGCGCCGCCAACCAGCCGGCCUACCGCGGCCAGCCUGGUGGAGGCAAUCACUGGAACUAA